CCCGCCGAUGCUCACACACACUCCUCCGGGCGGUGAGCACAGCGGCCUGAGUAACACAUGCUGCGGCAGUCUGUCCGCUGUAUGGUCCGUGGAUUAGCUAUAUGCUAAUAUCGAUAGGUGAGAGGAGCCAGUGGAGGCUUCCCGAGCGUGAGCAGGCUCCUGUGCGGCCAUGGCUGAAGGAGGAGAAGGAGAGGAUGAAAUCCAGUUCCUCAGAACUGAUGACGAAGUGGUGCUCCAGUGCGUGGCCUGCAUCCAGAAGGAGAAUCGCAAGUUCUGCCUGGCCGCUGAGGGUCUGGGCAACAGGCUGUGUUACUUGGAGCCCACAUCUGAGGCAAAGUAUGUUCCUCCAGACCUGUGCAUCUGCACGUUUGUGCUGGAGCAGUCUCUGUCGGUGCGGGCCCUUCAGGAGAUGCUGGCUAAGAGUGGACAGAACAGUGAAGGGACUUGCGGCCCGGAUCGAUGGAGGCUGAUAAGGAAGGCAGCACAGAGUGGCGGACACAAGACGCUACUGUACGGACAUGCCAUCCUCCUGCGACAUUCUUUUAGCUCCAUGUACCUGGCCUGUUUGAAGACAUCAAGGUCACAGACUGAUAAGCUGUCUUUUGAUGUCGGCCUACAGGAAGACUCAACAGGGGAGGCCUGUUGGUGGACAAUCCACCCUGCCUCCAAACAGAGAUCGGAAGGAGAGAAAGUGCGCAUUGGUGAUGACCUCAUCCUUGUCAGUGUGUCCUCAGAGCGAUAUCUUCACUUAUCCAUCUCCAAUGGCAAUAUCCAGGUGGAUGCUUCCUUCAUGCAAACCCUGUGGAACGUCCAUCCUAUCUGCUCCGGCAGCAACAUAGAGGAAGGCUACUUGCUUGGCGGUCAUGUGUUGCGGAUGUUCCACGGACACGACGAAGUACUCACCAUCCCGGGGUCGGACCAGAGUGAAGAGCAGCAAAGGAUAGUCAACUAUGAGACGGGUAAAGCCGGCGCCAAGGCCAGGUCCUUGUGGAGGCUGGAGCCACUCAGAAUCAGCUGGAGUGGGAGCCACAUUCGCUGGGGCCAGGCUAUUCGCCUGCGGCAUCUGACCACUGGUCACUAUCUGGCUCUGACUGACGACAGAGGGCUGGUGCUGCAGGAUCGGGAGAAGUCCGACACUGUCGCCACAGCCUUCUGCUUCAGAGCGUCUAAGGAGAAGCUGGAGCAGAGCCCCAAGAGAGACAUCGAGGGCAUGGGGGUGGCGGAGAUCAAAUACGGGGACUCGCUCUGCUUCAUCACGCACAUGGCCACGGGACUCUGGCUCUCCUAUCAGGCACCUGAUGUCAAAUCGGCCCGUCUGGGUCCCCUCAAGAGACGAGCGUGCCUACACUCUGAAGGUCACAUGGAUGACGGCUUGACCCUGCAGCGCUGUCAGCAUGAGGAGUCCCGUGCCGCACGCAUCAUCCGCAACACAACUUUACUCUUUAACCGAUUCAUCAGAGACCUGGACUGUCUGGGUGUCAAGAACCGGACACUGGUUGCCUUGCCGGUCGAGGAGGUGCUCCAAACUCUCAACGACCUCAUCACCUAUUUCCAGCUCCCCGACGCUGAGCUGGAGCACGAAGAGAGGCAGAUCAAGCUGCGCUCACUCAAGAACCGACAGAACCUAUUCAAGCAGGAAGGCAUGCUGACGCUGGUGUCCAACUGUAUCGACCGUCUGAACGUGUACAACAGUGCUGCCCACUUUGGGGAGUGUGCCGGGUCCGAGGCCGGAGCAGCCUGGAAAGAUAUACUGAACCUGCUGUAUGAGCUGCUCGCGGCGCUAAUCCGAGGGAACAGAAACAACUGCACCCAGUUCUCCAACAACUUGGACUGGCUGGUGAGCAAGCUGGAGAGACUGGAGUCGUCCUCGGGCAUCCUGGAAGUCCUGCACUGCAUUCUAAUUGAGAGCCCGGAGGCCCUCAACAUCAUCCAGCGAGGACACAUCAAGUCCAUUAUAUCUCUGCUCUAUAAGCACGGACGCAACCACAAGAUUUUGGAUGUGCUCUGCUCACUCUGUGUGUGUAACGGCGUAGCAGUGCGAACCAAUCAGAACCUUAUCUGUGAUUACUUGCUUCCCAAAAGAGACCUGCUGUUGCAGACCCAGCUGGUCAAUGACGUCCAGAGCAUGAGACCAAACAUCUUCCUUGGGGUCAGUGACGGCUCGGCGCAGUAUAAGAAGUGGUACUAUGAGCUGAUUAUCGACCAGGUGGACCACUUUGUCACCAGCGAGCCCUCCCACUUGAGAGUCGGCUGGGCCAACACGAAAGGAUAUGCUCCCUACCCAGGAGGAGGCGAGGGCUGGGGGGGCAACGGAGUGGGAGAUGACCUCUACUCGUAUGGUUUUGAUGGACUCCACCUCUGGUCUGGUCGUAUCCCCCGGGUGGUUGCAUCCAUGAACCAGCACGUCCUGACCUCAGAGGAUGUGGUGAGCUGUUGCCUGGACCUGGGCGCUCCCAGCAUCUCUUUCAGAAUUAACGGGCAGCCAGUCCAGGGCAUGUUUGAAAACUUCAGCACAGACGGUCUGUUCUUCCCUGUCGUCAGCUUCUCUGCAGGGGUCAAGGUGCGCUUCCUGUUGGGUGGUCGACAUGGUGACUUUAAGUUCCUGCCUCCGUCAGGUUACGCUCCGUGCUAUGAGGCGCUGCUGCCGAAAGAGAAGAUGAAGGUGGAGCCUGUGAAAGAGUACAAGAGGGAUGUGGACGGAGUCAGAGAUCUGCUGGGCACCACUCAGUUUCUGUCACAGGCCUCCUUCAUCCCCACUCCGGUGGAAACCAGCCAGAUUGUGAUGCCACCUCAUUUGGAGAAGGUUCGAGACAAACUGGCCGAGAACAUUCAUGAACUGUGGGGCAUGAAUAAGAUUGAGCUGGGCUGGUCGUACGGCAAGAUAAGAGACGAUAAUAAGCGGCAGCAUCCAUGCCUGGUGGAUUUCUCCAAGCUGCCAGAGACGGAAAAAAACUACAAUUUGCAGAUGUCAACGGAAACUUUGAAGACCCUGCUGGCACUGGGUUGUCGUGUAGUCCAGGUGAAUCCAAAUGCAGAGGACUCACUCAAAAAGAUCAAACUCCCUAAGAACUACAUGAUGUCCAAUGGUUAUAAGCCAUCCCCUCUGGACCUGUCCGACAUUAAACUGACUCCAGGUCAGGAAAUGUUGGUGGACAAACUGGCGGAGAACGCGCACAAUGUUUGGGCCAAGGACCGCAUCAAACAGGGAUGGACCUACGGCAUUCAGCAGGAUCUGAAGAGUAAGCGUAACCCUCGUCUGGUUCCCUACAUUCUGCUGGAUGAGCGCACCAAAAAGUCAAACAGGGACAGCCUGCGGGAGGCUAUCCGCACUCUGAUUGGCUACGGGUACAACAUCGACCCCUCGGACCAGGAAAGCGGACAAGUGGCCGAGCGGCUCAGCAUCGACAAGAUCCGCUUCUUCCGAGUGGAGCGAACAUACGCGGUGAAGACGGGGAAAUGGUAUUUUGAGUUCGAGGCUGUGACAGGAGGAGACAUGAGAGUGGGCUGGGCCAGACCAGGAUGUAAGCCAGAUGUGGAACUGGGCACAGAUGAGCUUGCUUUUGUCUUUGACGGAUACAGGGGCCAAUGUCUCAACAUGGGCAGCCAUUUGUUUGGGCGGUGCUGGCAUGCGGGGGAUGUGGUGGGGUGUAUGAUCAACAUGGAGGACAAGUCUAUGAUCUUCACCCUGAACGGUGAAAUCCUCAUCACCACCAAGGGCUCGGAACUCUGCUUCACUGACUUUGAAACUGAGGAUGGGUUCAUUCCUGUGUGUAGCCUGGGGCUGUGUCAGGUGGGUCGUAUGAAUCUGGGGAAAGACGCGAGCACCUUCAAGUAUUACACCAUGUGCGGCCUUCAGGAAGGAUUCGAACCGUUUUCGGUCAACAUGAACAGAGAGGUCACCAUGUGGUUCAGCAAGCGUCUGCCUACCUUUAUCAACGUGCCGAAGGACCACAACCACAUCGCGGUGAUCAGGAUUGACGGCACCAUCGAAAGCCCCCCUUGUCUUAAAGUGACCCACAACACGUUCGGCACACAGAACAGUAACGCCGACAUGGUGUUUUGUCGUCUCAGCAUGCCUGUUGAGUUCCACUCCUUCUUCAAGUGCAGUCCGGUUGUAGACAUGAACGGAGUGCAUGAGGAAGAAACCCUGAAAGUGAAACAUAGGUAUCCGUUGAGGUCUGUGAGGCACAGUGAUGAAAGUCGACGAGUUGACUACAGCAGCAUCACGAUGCACUACCAUUCAGUCAGGGUCUUCGCCGGUCAGGACCCCGCCAGUGUGUGGGUCGGAUGGGUUACCCCCGACUACCAUUACUACAGCAACAACUUUAACCUCAGCAAAAACAGAACGGUGACCGUGACCCUGGGUGACGAGCGAGGCCGAGUCCAUGAGAGUGUGAAGAGAAGUAACUGCUACAUGGUGUGGGGAGGCGAUGUGACCAGUGCUGCUCACGCCUCCAGUCGCAGCAACGUGGACCUGGAGAUUGGCUGUCUGAUCGACCUGGCCACUGGCCUGGUGUCGUUCACUGUCAAUGGCAAAGAAAUAUCCACAUCUUACCAGGUGGAACCAAACACCAAGCUCUUCCCCGCUGUGUUUGUGAGACCCACAAGUCCAAACCUCUUCCAGUUUGAGCUGGCGAAAAUAAAGAAUGCCAUGCCUCUGUCAUCGGCGAUCUUUAAGAGUGAACACAAGAACCCAGUGCCGCAGUGUCCGCCUCGUCUAGAUGUGCAGACCAUCAGUGCCGUGCUGUGGAGCCGCAUGCCCAACAUAUUCCUGAAGGUGGAAACGGCCCGGGUCAACGAGCGACACGGCUGGGUGGUGCAGUGUGUGGAGCCCCUGCAGAUGUUGGCUGUGCACAUACCGGAGGAGAACAGGUGCGUUGACAUCAUGGAGCUGUCUGAGCAGGAGGACCUGAGGAAGUUCCACUAUCACACUCUGAAGCUCUACUGUGCCCUCUGUGCUCUGGGCAACACCCGUGUGGCCCACGCGCUCUGCAGCCACCUGGACCAGUCCCAGCUGUUGUACACCAUUGACAAUCAGUACUUGUCAGGCAUGUUACGCGAGGGCUUCUACAACGCUCUGAUCAGCAUCCACCUGGAGACGGCUAAAGAGUCGCGGCUCAUGAUGAAGGACGAAUUCAUCAUCCCCGUCACGGCCGAGACGCGCUCCAUCCGCCUCUUUAACGACGCUUCCAAGAAGCACCUCCCGCCGGGGGUGGGGCUUAGCACCUCACUCAAACCGCGCCUCAACUUUGCCCCACCCUGUUUUAUCUGCACCAAACGGGAGCAUCUGUACAGCCCACAAAUCCCACUGGAUUCACUGAAGGAGAAAUCCAUCUUAAUGUUGACAGAGGCUGUACAAGGUGGAGGGCACCACAUCCGGGAUCCUGUCGGAGGAGGCGUGGAGUACCAGUUUGUGCCAAUCCUGAAGCUCAUUAGCACCUUGCUGACUAUGGGCAUAUUAGGGAGCGAGGACGUUCAUAAGAUCCUACUGCUCAUUGACCCGAACGUCUUCAGAGAGACACACGAGGAGGGAGUCGCUGGGGCCACAGACAAAGAGGGACUUACCGGAGCUGAGGAGAAGGCGGUGGAAGCUGGAGAAGAGGAAGCAGCCAAAGAGGCUAAACAGCCAAUGAAAGGGCUGCUGGAAAAGAGGCUGCCUGAGCCUGUCAAGCGACAGAUGUGUGAGCUGCUUCAUUAUUUCUGCGACUGCGAGCUGAAACACCGCAUCGAGGCCAUCGUGUCUUUCUCUGACAGCUUUGUCUCGAAGCUGCAGUACAAUCAGAAGUUCCGCUACAACGAGCUGAUGCUGGCGCUCAACAUGUCUGCUGCUGUAACGGCGAAGAAGACCAAAGAGUUCCGAUCGCCACCUCAAGAGCAGAUCAACAUGCUGCUUAACUUCAGCACGGGCGAGGACUGUCCGUGUCCAUUUGACAUCCAGGAGGAACUCUACGACUUUCACAAUCAGCUGCAGCUCCACUGUGGAAUCCCUAUGGAGGAAGACGAACAUGACCAAGUUACGUCCAUUAAAGCUCGCCUCCUAAUGUUGGUGAACAAGAUUAAAGGCCAGUCUCUCAAAGCAGAGAAGCCCACGGAGAAGGAACAAGCUGCACCAUCCAAUCUGAAGGAGCUGAUCUCUCAGACCAUGGUCAGCUGGGCCCAGGAAUGUCACAUACAGGACCCAGAGCUCGUACGCAAGAUGUUCAGCCUGCUGAGGAGACAGUACGACAGCAUUGGCGAACUGCUUCGCGCCAUGAGGAAGGCGUACACCAUAAGCGCUGCCUCUGUGCAAGACACCAUCAACCUCUUGGCCUCGCUGGGUCAGAUCAGGUCGCUGCUGUCUGUCCGCAUGGGAAAAGAAGAGGAGAAGCUCAUGAUUGAUGGACUUGGCGACAUCAUGAACAACAAAGUGUUCUACCAGCACCCGAACCUAAUGAGAAUACUGGGCAUGCAUGAGACUGUCAUGGAGGUCAUGGUCAAUGUGCUCGGAGGAGACAAAUCCCAGUCUGUAUGUGCUACCCUACAGGAAAUUGCCUUCCCCAAGAUGGUGGCCAGCUGUUGUCGCUUCCUUUGCUACUUCUGCAGGAUCAGCCGUCAGAACCAGAAAGCCAUGUUUGACCACCUCAGUUACCUGCUGGAGAACAGCAGUGUGGGACUAGCCUCACCCUCUAUGAGGGGAUCCACUCCAUUAGAUGUGGCCGCUUCCUCAGUGAUGGACAACAACGGCCUGGCUCUAGCGCUGGAGGAGCCAGAUCUGGACAAGGUGGUCACCUACCUAGCAGGAUGUGGUCUCCAGAGUUGUCCAAUGCUUCUGGCUAAAGGUUAUCCAGACAUUGGUUGGAACCCCAUUGAAGGAGAACGAUACCUUUCCUUCUUGCGGUUUGCUGUCUUCGUCAAUGGUGAAAGUGUAGAGGAGAACUCAAGCGUUGUGGUCAAGCUGCUAAUCCGUCGUCCAGAGUGUUUUGGACCUGCGUUGAGGGGAGAGGGUGGGAACGGCCUGUUAGCUGCCAUGAAAGAAGCUAUCAAGAUCUCUGAGACGCCCGCUCUGGACCUGCCGGGCUCUGUCCAAGGAUUCAGCUCUGACGUGUCUGCUGAUGGCGAUGAUGAAGAGGAGGUGGUUCACAUGGGCAAUGCCAUUAUGUCCUUCUACUCUGCGCUCAUAGACCUUUUAGGACGUUGCGCACCAGAAAUGCAUCUCAUCAACAAGGGAAAAGGUGAAGCUCUACGCAUCCGUGCCAUCCUGCGUUCUUUGGUACCAACUGAAGACCUUGUGGGCAUUAUCAGUAUACCACUCAAAAUGCCCAUCAUCAACAAAGAUGGGUCAAUGACAGAACCGGACAUGUCAGCCUGCUUUUGUCCAGACCACAAAGCCCCCAUGGUCCUAUUUCUGGACAGAGUAUAUGGCGUUGAGGACCAGAGCUUUCUGCUGCACCUGCUCGAAGUUGGCUUCCUGCCUGACCUGAAGGCUGCUACCUCUCUGGAUACGGAGUGUCUCUGUACCACAGAGACAGCGCUGGCGAUGAACCGCUACAUCGGCUCCGCCAUGCUCCCCCUCCUCACCCGCUGCGCUCCUCUGUUUGCUGGCACCGAACACUACGCCAGCCUCAUCGACUCCACUCUCCACACCAUCUACCGCCUUUCCAAGGGCCGGUCACUCACCAAGGCCCAGCGAGACGCCAUAGAGGAGUGUCUCCUGGCUGUCUGCAAACACCUCCGUCCCUCCAUGCUGCAGCAGCUCCUGCACCGCCUUGUCUUUGAUGUGCCCUUGUUGACCGAAUACUGCAAGAUGCCUCUCAGGCUGCUAACCAACCACUAUGAGCAGAACUGGAAGUACUACUGCCUCCCGUCGGGAUGGGGCAGCUAUGGGACGGCGUCUGAGGAUGAACUACUGCUCACCAAGAAGAUCUUCUGGGGAGUGUUUGAUUCUCUGUCCCAGAGGAAAUAUGACGCAGAGCUAUUCAAGAUGGCCAUGCCUUGCCUCAGUGCCAUAGCUGGAGCUUUGCCACCGGACUACGUGGACGCCUCUAUUAGUACGACUGUGGAGAAGCCUGUUUCUGUCGAUGCUCAGGGCAACUUUGACCCCAAACCAAUCAAUACUGCGAACAUUGCUCUGCCAGAAAAGCUUGAGCACUUUGCCAACAAAUAUGCUGAGCAUUCCCAUGAGAAGUGGUCUGCAGAGAAGGUGCUGCUUGGAUGGAAAUAUGGAGAUUGUGUUGAUGAGAAGGCCAAGAUUCACCCUCAGCUCAGGACUUAUAAAGCUCUAACAGAGAAGGAGAAGGAGAUUUACAAAUGGCCAAUUAGAGAGUCCCUAAAGAGUAUGCUGGCAAUGGGCUGGAGCAUCGACAGGACUAAAGAUGGAGAGAGCAUGUCUCUGCAGCGAGAGAACGAGAAAAUGAGGAAGAUAUCUCAAGUCUCACAGGCAAAUGGAUUUAACCCGAGCCCAAUAGACACCAGCAGUGUGGUUCUGUCCAGGGAACUACAGGGAAUGGUGGAGGUAGUGUCUGAAAAUUACCACAACAUCUGGGCCAAGAAGAAGAAAAGUGACCUUGGAAGUAGAGGCGGGGGAACACACCCUCUGUUAGUGCCCUAUGAAACGCUGACAGCCAAGGAGAAGGCCCGGGAUCGAGAAAAGGCCCAGGACCUUUUCCGCUUCCUGCAAAUCAAUGGCUAUAGCAUCACAAGGGGUUUGAAGGACUUGGAGCAGGAUUCUUCUUCCAUGGAGAAGAGGUUUGCGUAUAGGUUCCUCAAGAAACUCCUCAAGUAUGUUGACUCAGCUCAGGAGUUCAUCGCCCAUCUAGAGGCCAUGGCUGCCAGCGGAAAAACUGACAGGUCCCCUCAUGAGCAAGAAAUUAAGUUUUUUGCCAAAGUUCUUCUCCCUCUCAUUGACCAGUACUUCAAGAACCACUCUCUCUACUUCCUCUCCUCUCCCAGUAAGAACCUGAGCAGCAGUGGUUAUGCCUCCAACAAGGAGAAGGAGAUGGUCACCAGCCUGUUUUGUAAACUGGCAGCUCUUGUCAGACAUAGGAUUUCACUUUUUGGGAGUGACUCCACCACCAUGGUGAGCUGUCUGCACAUCCUGGCUCACACCCUGGACACAAGGACGGUGAUGAAGUCCGGCUCGGAGAUGGUGCGCGUGGGACUGAGGACGUUCUUUGAGAACGCAGCAGAGGACCUGGAGAAGACGUUUGAGAACCUGAAGCUGGGGAAGUUCACACACUCCCGCUCGCAGAUGAAAGGGGUGUCACAGAAUAUCAACUACACCACCGUGGCUCUGCUCCCCAUCCUAACUGCUCUGUUCGAGCACAUCACUCAGCACCACUUCGGGGUGGACCUGCUGCUGGAUGAUGUCCAAGUGUCCUGCUAUCGAAUCCUGACCAGCCUCUAUGCACUGGGCACUGGGAAAAACAUCUACGUGGAAAGACAGCUGCCAGCUCUCGGACAGUGUCUGGCCACCCUGGCUGGUGCCUUGCCUGUGGCCUUCUUGGAGCCGUUGCUCAACACAUACAACCCCUGCUCGGUUUUUAACACCAAGAGUGCCCGAGAACGAGCCAUCUUAGGCAUACCCGACUCAGUUGAGGAGAUAUGUCCCGGGAUGCCGCGGCUAGAUGGAUUGAUGAAGGACAUCAAUGACAUGGCUGAGUCUGGGGCACGGUACACAGAGAUGCCUCACGUUAUCGAGGUGGUGCUGCCCAUGCUGUGCAACUAUCUGUCCUACUGGUGGGAGAGGGGGCCGGAGAACCAGCCGGCCAGCGGGGGAAGUGUCUGCUGCACCACCGUCACCUCGGAGAACCUCAGCCUCAUUCUGGGCAACAUCCUCAAGAUCCUCAACAACAAUCUGGGCAUCGACGAGGCUUCGUGGAUGAAGAGGAUCGCAGUGUAUGUGCAACCCAUCAUCAGCAAGGCGCUUGCCGACCUACUGAAGAGCCACUUCCUGCCCACAUUGGAAAAGCUCAAGAAGAAGACGGUAAAGGUGGUGGCUGAGGAGGAGCUGCUGAAGGCAGACAGUAAGGGAGACACCCAGGAGGCUGAGCUGCUCAUCCUGGACGAGUUUGCUGUCCUCUGCAGGGACCUCUAUGCCUUUUACCCCAUGCUAAUCCGCUAUGUGGACAAUAACAGGUCCAGGUGGCUCAAAGAACCGGAUGCUGAUUCGAACGACCUCUUCAGAAUGGUCGCAGAGAUUUUCAUCCUCUGGUGCAAGUCACAUAAUUUCAAACGCGAGGAGCAGAACUUUGUGGUUCAGAACGAAAUUAACAACCUGUCCUUCUUGACUGGAGAUAAUAAAACCAAGAUGUCAAAGUCUGGAGGACAAGACCAGGAACGGAAGCACAAGAAACGGCGUGGUGAGUUCUACUCCAUCCAGACCUCGCUGAUCGUUGCUGCUUUGAAGAAGAUGCUGCCAAUUGGCCUCAACAUGUGCACACCAGGGGAUCAGGAGCUGAUAUCUCUAGCCAAGAGUCGCUACCUCCUGAAAGACACAGACGACGAGGUUAAAGACCACAUUUAUCAGAAUCUGCAUCUCCGAGAAAAGUCAGAGGAUCCUGCAGUCAGGUGGCAGCUGAACCUCUACAAGGACAUAGUGAUGAGGAGCGAGGGGCCUCCGGACCCAGAGCGGGUGGUGGACCGCAUUCAGAGGAUCUCUGCAGCCGUCUUCAACCUGGAGCAGGUGGAGCAGCCUCUGAGAUCCAAAAAAUGUGUUUGGCAGAAGUUGUUGUCCAAGCAGAGGAAGAGAGCGGUCGUAGCGUGCUUCCGCAUGGCUCCACUUUAUAAUCUACCAAGGCAUAAAAACAAUAUUUACUUCCUGAAAGCCUAUCGACAUAUUUGGCUGGGGAAAAUGCAUGAGAACACAGACUAUGACAGUCUGCUCUCCAUGCUGACGAAAACGCAGCUCAAAAUGGAAGAGGAGGAAGAGGAGGAGGUCAGAAAACAACCGGACCCGCUCCACCAGCUCAUUCUGCAUUUCAGCCACAACGCUCUGACUGAGUGCAGUUCUUUGGAAGAGGAUCCUUUGUAUAUUGCAUAUGCAGAUAUGAUGGCAAAGAGUUGUGCUGAAGGUGAAGAAGAGGAGGAGGAGGAAGGAAAAGAGAAAACAUUUGAGGAAAAGGAAAUGGAGAAGCAAAAGAUGCUUUAUCAGCAGGCCAGGCUUCACGACCGAGGGGCUGCAGAGAUGGUGCUCCAGAUGAUCAGUGCCAGCAAAGGUCGACUCGGCGCUCCCGUGACGUUCACCCUCAAACUGGGCAUCUCCAUUCUGAACGGGGGCAACACGGUGGUCCAGCAGAAAAUGCUCGACUAUCUGAAGGAGAAAAGAGAUGUCGGCUUUUUCAAAAGCUUAUCUAGAUUGAUGAUGUCGUGCAGCGUUCUGGACUUGAACGCUUUUGAAAGGCAAAACAAAGCGGAAGGUCUGGGAAUGGUUACUGAAGAAGGAUCAAGUUCCAAGGUGCUGCAGAACGAUGAGUUCACCAAGGACCUCUUUAGGUUCCUGCAGCUUCUCUGCGAGGGCCACAACAAUGGUAGGUGGACUCUUUAUCCGGCAACAGCAAAACAACCCAACACGUGUGAACGCACUCCUCUGCGACCUAUGAUUUUGUUUUUAGAUUUUCAGAAUUUUCUGAGGACUCAGACAGGGAACACAACAACAGUCAACAUCAUCAUAAGUACCGUCGACUACUUGCUAAGACUCCAGGAAUCCAUCAGUGAUUUCUACUGGUACUACUCUGGUAAGGAUGUAAUCGACGAGGCCGGUCAAAGGAACUUCUCCAAAGCUCUGUCAGUGGCCAAGCAGGUCUUCAACUCUUUAACAGAGUAUAUACAGGGUCCGUGUAUUGGGAACCAGCAGAGUCUGGCUCAUAGCAGGCUGUGGGAUGCUGUGGUGGGGUUCCUCCAUGUUUUUGCCAACAUGCAGAUGAAAUUAUCCCAGGACUCCAGUCAGAUUGAAGUACUGAAGGAGCUGCUGGACCUACACAAGGACAUGAUCGUUAUGAUGCUCUCUCUUCUCGAAGGUAACGUUGUCAACGGCACCAUUGGCAAGCAAAUGGUCGACACGUUGGUGGAAUCUUCCAGCAACGUGGAGAUGAUCCUGAAAUUCUUUGACAUGUUCCUCAAGUUGAAGGAUUUAACCACGUCCGACAGCUUCAGGGAGUACGACCGCGAGAGCAAGGGGAUCAUCUCCAAGAAGGAUUUUCAGAAGUCCAUGGAGAACCAGAAGCAAUACUCCCAGUCCGAGAUUGAGUUCCUCCUCUCUUGUGCCGAAGCUGAUGAGAACGACAUGUUCAACUACACGCAGUUCGUGGAGCGGUUUCACGAGCCUGCCAAGGACAUCGGAUUUAACGUUGCUGUGUUGCUGAUGAAUCUCUCUGAGCACAUGCCCCACGACGCUCGCCUCUCGACCUUCCUCGACCUGGCUGAAAGUGUCCUCAGCUAUUUUGAGCCUUAUUUGGGGCGUAUUGAGAUAAUGGGCGGAGCCAAGCGCAUUGAGAGAGUCUACUUUGAGAUCAGCGAGUCCAGUCGUACCCAGUGGGAGAAGCCUCAGGUGAAGGAAUCGAAGAGGCAGUUCAUCUUUGACGUUGUCAACGAGGGUGGAGAGAGUGAGAAAAUGGAGCUCUUUGUCAACUUCUGUGAGGACACCAUCUUUGAGAUGCAGCUGGCCUCUCAGAUUUCAGAGCCGGACCCAGUGGAGCGCUCCGAGGAAGACGAAGACGACAAGCAGAGUGUCGUAGAGAACCAGGAGGAGGAGGAAGACGAGGAAAACAUGAUGAUGGAGUCCUCCUCUGCCUUCACAUUCGCCUGCAUUUCCAUGAGGAAAAACCUGUGCCAGUUCCGCCAAAUGCUUACUCUCAAGAGCAUGAGGCGACAGUACAGGAAAUUCAAGAAGAUGAGUGUGAAGGAGAUGGUGCGAAGCUUCUUCUCCUUCUUCUGGAUGCUCAUCACAGGACUCUUCUAUUUCAUCUACAGCCUAAUUUGGGGCUUCUUCCAUAUCUUGUGGACCACCAUGUUCGGCGGCGGCUUCGUUGAAGGGGCUAAGAACAUGAAGGUGACCGAUAUUUUGGGGAACAUGCCCGACCCCACUCAGUUUGGCAUUCAUGGGGACGUGUUGGAGGCAGAGAAGCUGGAGGCGAGUGAGGCGGCUGCGUUGGCAGAGUUGGGUCAGAUGGCUCAGGGGGAAGCGGCAGAGGCCGACCUGAUGGCCGAGCUGCUGAUCAUGCAGCCCAAGAAGGAGGGAAAGCAUGGGGCUGAGCCAGGGCUGGGGGACGUGUCUGAGGUGGUGGUGGGAGAUGCUCCAUCUAUUGCCAGUGCUGUCAAGCAGAAGAAGGCACAGUUGGCUGCAAAGAAGAGGGCUUCGAAUGGAGAAUACAAAUCAGACUCAGAGAAAGGAGACUCAGAUGAUGGUGAGAAGAAGGAUCCCGACAAGGCCAAAGAUGAAGCCCCUCCGGAGCGCUCAGUGGAGAAGAAAGCCCCGAAGAAGAGGCUCGGCCAGAGGAAAGAACCACCCGAGGCCUUCAUGGCCAGCUUCCUCGCUGGCUUGGAAGUUUACCAGACUAAGAUGCUGAACUACCUUGCCAGAAACUUCUACAACCUCCGUUUUCUGGCCCUUUUUGUUGCCUUUGCCAUCAACUUCAUUUUGCUCUUUUACAAAGUAACUGGUGAUAACUCGGAUGAUGAAGACCCCUGGAACGGUAGAGGCAAAGCUGGCGAAGAGGAGGAAGAAGGGGCGCUUGAGUACUUUGUCCUGCAGGAGAGCACAGGCUACAUGGCUCCAACGCUUCGCUGUCUUGCAAUACUGCACACGAUCAUAUCUUUCUUGUGUGUGGUGGGAUACUACUACCUGAAGGUGCCACUGGUGGUUUUCAAGCGCGAGAAGGAGAUAGCGAGAAAGUUGGAGUUUGCCGGCCUCUACAUCACCGAGCAGCCGUCGGACGACGACAUCAAAGGACAGUGGGACAGACUGGUCAUCAAUACACCUUCCUUCCCAAACAACUACUGGGAUAAAUUUGUCAAACGGAAAGUCAUCAAAAAGUACGGAGACCUGUAUGGAGCAGAGAGGAUAGCAGAGCUGCUGGGCCUGGAUAAAAGCGCCCUGGACUUCAACCCCACAGAAGAAACCGUCACCAAGGAAGCUUCGCUGGUGCUGUGGUUAAGCUCAAUUGACACAAAGUACCAUGUCUGGAAACUGGGAGUGGUGUUUACGGACAAUUCUUUCCUGUAUCUUGUGUGGUACACCACCAUGUCCAUCCUGGGCCACUACAACAACUUCUUCUUCGCUGCCCAUCUUCUGGACAUCGCCAUGGGCUUCAAGACGCUCCGCACCAUCCUCUCCUCUGUCACACACAACGGCAAACAGCUGGUGUUGACGGUGGGCCUGCUGGCGGUGGUGGUCUACCUCUACACUGUGGUGGCCUUCAACUUCUUCCGGAAGUUCUACAACAAGAGCGAGGACGACGACGAGCCGGACAUGAAGUGUGACGACAUGAUGACGUGCUACCUGUUCCACAUGUAUGUUGGCGUGAGAGCGGGAGGCGGCAUCGGCGAUGAGAUCGAGGAUCCAGCCGGCGACCCGUACGAGCUCUACCGGAUCCUUUUUGACAUCACCUUCUUCUUCUUUGUCAUUGUCAUCCUCCUGGCCAUUAUUCAGGGUUUGAUCAUCGAUGCCUUCGGAGAGCUGAGAGACCAGCAGGAGCAAGUCAAAGAGGACAUGGAGACCAAGUGUUUCAUCUGUGGCAUCGGUAAUGAUUAUUUCGACACGACGCCACACGGCUUCGAGACUCACACCUUACAAGAGCACAAUUUGGCCAACUACCUGUUUUUCCUGAUGUACCUUAUCAACAAAGACGAGACAGAGCACACAGGCCAGGAGUCAUAUGUGUGGAAGAUGUACCAGGAGCGCUGCUGGGACUUCUUCCCAGCCGGCGACUGCUUCCGCAAACAAUACGAAGAUCAGCUGGGAUAGAGCUGACGCGAUCCUCUUUACCUCUGUCCACAUGGAGUGGGCUGCUGGGAUGUGUAGUCCUACAUGCAGCUUCUGGACUACAACAGUACACAAGUCAUCACACCCCAAUGCAUUGGACCGGGCUGAGAAGAGAGAGGCAAGGCAAACGUACUUUUUAUCUACAGUAAGAGAAAAGUCUUCUACCCACGUCACGUCGGGACAGAUGCAGUCUGUGAAGAAAUGACCUGUAACUUGCUCAGAUGUUAGAUUUUGAUUGUUUUUGUUUUAUUUGGGAAAGUGUGUUGCCUUUUUUACUCCACAUAACCCCAACUCAUUGCACAAUUCUUAUUCUUGAUUUGUUUAUUUUUUUGUUGUCUUUAUUGAGUCAAUGGGACAAUAAUAAUAAUUGUUGGGUCACAUUAUGCACAAAGAACCUUACUCCAGUACUUUGAGAAUGUUGAACUUGAGACUUAAUGCCAAAAGAGAAAUGCAGUGGCGUGCAGUAGAGUUGUAUAGUGUGCAAAAAAAAACAAAAAACAAAUGUCUUGUGGAAAAAGUUUUUAUUUCAGAUGUCGUAAACCAUGCAUAUUGAGAAGAUGAAGUUUUAGAAAGAGGAAAAAAAAAAGGUUUAUGUAGGAUUAUAAAAAUGCCUAAAUUGUCCUCAUGAAGUGCCUUACUGUACUGUGUCUACAUUACAAUGAAGCUAUGCAAGACUUUUAGUUUUUUCUUUAUUGUAUGUAAGUGCAGUCGUUUUACUGGAGCAGUAACACGUCGCUGUCCAGACACAGAUUUUGUGGCUGAGAGUUUUCAUUCGAACAUGGAAGAAGAUUUGAUUUAUUUGAUUUUCUAUUUAUUUAUUUAUUUAUUUAUUUAUUUAUUUAUUUGAUUUAUUUUGCCGAAUGCAGAAUAAGUGCAAGUGUUCAAAGUAUGACGUGUAAAAGACGACACAUCAGAAUUUGAGGAAGCGCCUUCGAACAAGAACAAACAUUAAAUUGCUAUUGUAUGGCCAUUUGUAUGUAGUAGCUUUGCUGACCUGUGCAUUUCUUUUGAUGGGAAAAAUAAAGAAAUCGAUGCAACAAAUGUGAAA